UAAUUAUUUAAGGAAUUGAAAUAUGUCUACUAGAGCCUCUAUACCUCCAGAUUUAAAGUAUUUAGCAUGUUUCUGCCUUAAUAUCGAGACAUAAGCUUCAUAGAAGGGCAUCGAUCGAAAUUAGGGGUCUUUAAGGUGCUGCAUCAAGCGCGGUGUCAGUAAUUUCAUAUUUUGACAGCGAUUGUGAAAAUCUUAAACAUACCUUUGAAACGAUUGGAUGGUUUAGGCACUUUUAAAAAACUGACCUUGUAAUAAGUUUUUGCAGAGUGUAGAGUUUCAAGAGUUCGACAAGGCCAAAAUUAAAGCUCUUUUUUAUUGUUUUCGUGUAUAUUUUUUCUAAACUUGCUUUCGAAAGAUUCUUAAGCAUGCUGAUACUGGCUUUGGAUCGGAAGCUGAGAAACACAAUUAUCGUAACGUUAUCUUGUGCAAAACAAUUUUUAUUCCACAUUUGAGUAACGAAAAUAGGCGAACCGGUGGGUUAAACCGGGGAACUGUUUCAUGUCGUCGAGAAGCAAAAAUAAAGAACCAGCUGCAAUCUCUUAAUACUCUUUCAUUUUCUAAAACAUUGCACGAAAGUAAACCAAACGGACCGGACGCAAAUAUGGGAAUCUCAACAAAAUCACAAGUAUUUGCAAUUUCUUUAAUAUUUUUAAAUAUUUUGAAUGGAAUUCAAAUGGAAGAGCUGGAACAAUCACAAAAAAAUGAAACGUUGAUCCUCUUUGAUAUUCACGGAAAACUAAAUGAGCUGGAAGAAAGUUUUCUCCAUACCCAUAAAAGAUUAGAGGAAACUCAAAAGAAUUUAACGGAAUGUUUAAAUGAAAAUCCUCAAAUUAGCGGAAUUCUAGAGAAAAUACAAAAACUGGAGUCGAGUGUUAAAGAGAUUCGAGAGAAUACUAAAAAGUCGGGUGACAUUGUCAUACAGCGGCGCAUGGAUGGUUCGGAGGAUUUCUUUCGCUCGUGGGCAGAUUAUAAACAGGGAUUUGGUAACAGCUCUGGAGAAUUUUUCAUUGGCCUGGAUAAAUUGAACAAACUCACCAAUUCCCGUCCCUAUGAGUUGCUCAUUAUCAUCGAAGAUUGGGAAAACGAUUGUCGCUUUGCGAGGUAUGACCAAUUCAUAAUUGGCAACGAAGCUGAGAAAUAUGUCUUGAAAGAAUUGGGUAAAUAUAGUGGCUCCGCCACAGAUGGUUUAUCCUAUUCAUUGGGUCAGAAGUUCAGUACAAAAGAUCAAGAUAACGAUAUGUCGGUAAAUAGUUGUGCGGUUGAAUAUACUGGGGCUUGGUGGUAUAAGAAAUGUCAUAGAAGCAAUCUUAACGGUCGUUAUCUAAAGGGUACCACAACGCAAUAUGGCAAAGGAGUGGUCUGGCAGCCAUUAAAAGGGGAUUAUUAUUCUAUGAAAUUUGUUGAAAUGAUUUUACGGCCCACUUAAGGUGUUCGAAUUUGGAAAGAUUUAUUAUAUUUUUUAUAAAUAUUCGAAUUUAGUUUGAAAUACAUCGUAUAAAUAUCAACGAA